GAGAUUUAUAUUAAAGUCAAAUGAAAUCAAUGUGGCAAAUAGAAAAAAAUUAUGUGGUUUUUUUAUACCUACAUACCUAGAUAUUCGUAAUCGUACCUGUAAAAAAAAAUUUCCAAAUAUUCAUAAUUUGAUAACCAGUUUGAUGUAGCCACGAUUUCAUCUACGUUCUUAUGAUUUAAGUUGAGAUGUAAUGUUCUAUAAUAUUAUAUCAAAGCUUUAUCUUAAUUUUGAUGGGAAUUACAAAAACCUCACUAAUCUAAGUCACUUGGUUCUAAAUGUUUAAAGACACUGGAUAAAGUUCUGUAAAUUGAACUUGCAUUAGCUUCCUAAUGAAAUUAAUUAGGUAGAGACCAACUAAAAUUUAUUUUAAACAAAAGUACGACAAACGAUAAAAAAAUAAGUCGAAUUAAGACAAAAAAACAUUUACAUAUAAAAAUAUAAAAAAUAAAAAUUCAAUAUGAAUGUUGACAACGAUGAUGAGCAAAAUAAUUCCGCUGAAGCAAGCAAUUCCAGCGGAUUAGCAGAACAACCAAUAACAACAGAAGUAACAACAGCUUCAACGACAUCAACACAUGCAUCAGCAAAAGAUGAAAAUUUAAUAGGAAUAGCAGAAGAUACCAUAGAAGUAGGAGAUGAAACAGGAGAUACAGAGUUUCCGGGAGAUUUUAGUGAUGAUGAAUCAGUUGCCUCAAGAGCAAAGAAAAUCUUAGAAAAAGGAAAGGAACAAGCAGCUGCUUAUAUUAAUGAAGAAUGCUGUCGAGGAGGCCCAACACCAGAGCUAAACGUUCUCAUUGAUUAUUUAUUUAGUAUGGGGAUUGACAGUUAUUUCAGUAUAGACUGGGUUAGAUACUUGAUAGCAGGAGGAAGAUCCUUAGGAAAAUUUGCAUCAAUUGUUCGAAGUUAUGAUAACCAUGCUAAAUGUGGGCUUGUUUGGGUACCACAUGUUGUUGCAUAUCGAUGCCGAACAUGUGGUAUAUCGCCAUGUAUGUCAAUAUGUCGAGAUUGUUUUAAAAAAGGUGACCAUGCAAACCAUGAUUUCAAUAUGUUUUUAUCACAAGCGGGUGGAGCAUGUGAUUGUGGUGAUACAUCAGUUAUGAAAGCUGAAGGAUUUUGUAGUGAUCAUGGAAUUAAUAAUCGGGCAAAUAAAGAUCCAGUUCCAAAUGACUUAUUAGCAGUUGCUGAAGCUAUAAUGCCAAAACUUUUAUUUCGUUUACUACAUCAUUUUCGGGAACAUAGUUCAACAUCACAUCAGCAUAGUUCAAUUAAUGUUGCAGCUGGCCGUUUUGAAAAAUUUUGUAAUAUGUUAAUGGAUUAUAAUAAUAUGGGUGAAUUAAUGAGACGUGUAAUGACGAAAGCUUUAAUCAAUCCAGAAGUUUACAAAAAAUUUUCGGAAAAACCUUUUCCUAAUAAUAGUUAUGGAAGAUUCUUAAAAUCAAGUAAAAAAAAGUAUAUUGAAGCUGUUUAUAAAUUUCCAAGGCUAGAACCGCCUGACGAAUAUAAACAUUUACCAGCAUUGGACAGAACAUUAAAACACUCAACAUUGUUAGAAGAAUUCAUAUUUUGGACAUUUAAAUUCGAAUUUCCUCAGAACUUAGUUUGUUUCUUGUUAAAUAUGUUGCCUGAUCAGGACUAUAAGGAACACUUGACAAGAACAUUUGUGAUGCACUACAGUCGUAUACCAACGGUUUUAGAGCUAUCACAGGAUCCCGAUACAUUAAGUAAUCGAGUUGUUCAUAUGUCAGUACAGUUGUUUUCAAAUGAAAGUUUAGCACUUAAAAUGGUUGAAGAAUUGAGUUUAUUGCAUGUUAUGAUUAUUAGUUUAAAAUUGAUGAUGUCAAAAAUUUUAAUACAAAAUUCACUUCACGUUGUAGACAAAAAUUUUCAUUUUGUCAUUGAUUGUGCGAAGAGUGUUAUGAAAGAUCAUUGCUAUUGGCCAUUGGUAUCCGAUUUUAACAAUGUUUUAUCUCAUGAAUCAGUUGCCUUAGUAUUUUUGCGUGAUGAUAAUUUAAUUGAUAUGUGGUUUCAAUUUUUAUCUAUGUUGCAAGGUAUGAAUGUUAAUGUUCGUGAAACAAAAAGUCACGUAGAGUUUGAGCCAAGCUCAUAUUAUGCUGCUUUCUCCUGUGAAUUAGAAGCAAGUGCAUAUCCGAUGUGGUCAAUUAUAUCACAUUUAAAAGAUCCAACACAUGCUCAAUUAGCUAAAAAGAUUUUGACAUUUUGUGUAAAUUCAUUACACGAAUGGUUGGAUGCAAUAUUUUUUCUGAAACCAAAGUUGGAAAAAAGUGAAAUGAUGACAGCGUCAUUUCAUUUUCCACUGCAUCGGUAUUUAGCGGCUUUUACUUGUCAGGCUGUUACAUCAAUGGGAAUGUCUUUAAGUGAAAUAUUACCAUCCCCAGAUUUAUUGACAUUGCUAAUGGCACAUCCAUUAAGAGUUCAAAGUUUCUUUUAUGAAAUAUUAGCUGGUAUAUGGAUAAGGAACGGUUUACAAAUCAAAGGACAAGCAAUGACAUAUAUCCAAGCGAAUUUUUGUAAUUCAAUGGUUGAUAUGGAUUUAUUCUUCCUGCAAAUAUGUGCAACCCAAUUACCCGCUAGUGUUUUUUUAACAACAACAAUUGACUCAUUUGGAGUAUCCGACUGGCUUGGAAUGUCACCGUUAUCAACACCACAAGAAAUGGAACAGGAUUCUAUGUUGGAAGGCUUUUUAACAUUUUUAGCAACAUUAGCAACAUCUCGAACAAAUUUGGGGAAUGAUGAACGUACGCAAUGCAUAAUUGAAAUUAGUGCUCUAUUAGCUACAGAAAACAAAACACAUAGUCAACUAUUAGAGUUGAUGCCAGAACGUUCUGGAAAUGUGCAUACGAAAAAUUUUGAAAAAUUUUUAAAACAAUUGUCAGUUUACAAAGCACCAGCAUCACGUUCAGAAAAUUUAGAACAAGGUUUAUUUAUGCCAAUAGAUGAAGUUUGGGAACAUUUUUACGAUCCUUUGCACGUUUUGUUAAGAGCUGUGCACAGACGAGAUUUUCAGAGUUCAAUGGAUCGUUUUGGAAAUUAUGUCAAAAGCAAAAAUAAGAUGCCAAAAAGUGGCAAUUUGUGGCCACCAUUUAGACUACCACGUCCAGUUGGGGAACAAUUCAGUGAUCCAUGUUGCAUAUUAAAUUCUCGUGUCUUCCAUUCAACAAUAUUGGCAAUAUUACAUCGCGCUGUUAAUUCGCAUAAUAUAUCCGAACAUUUAUUGGCAUUGGCAGUAUUUUUACUUGAAAUUGCUGUAGAAAAUAGUGAUAAUUUGAAAACUAAUAAAGACACAAUAUCGGAAUGUGAACGAAAUACAAGUGGUGGUUAUUAUUCAAGAUCUUCUCGUGAUGCUCCAGAGCUAUUACAGUGUUAUCCAACUGAUAACCUUUUCGAAAAUUUGCGUUUUAAUGUUCAUAAAGUGUCCUUAAAGCCACAGGAACCACAAGUUACUCCCAGUUACAAUACAAAUAAUUUUGAUAGCGAUCAAGAGUGGGAUGUUUCAGAAAGUGAAACAUUACCAAUGAUCGUAGGACAUGACAUGUUACCACCAGCUUCUAGUGGCAUGGAAGUUGCAAUACCCCAAGAUUUGUCUAUUGUUUCCGAGCAAUCAUUAGUAAUACGCAGCAAUAGUCAAGAAGAAGAUGUCAGUGAAGACGGUAGUAUGCACGGCGGAAGUGGCGGUACAGUUAUUGUAGAAGCAACGACUCCAACUGAAGAAAAUAUUAGUAGUGAAGGAACGGUAGCAUCCAAUUCUGAAAACAGAAAUUCGACAAAUCGAUUCGAUUCAAUGGAACUUCAAACUAUAAAUAACAUAGCAUCACAUUUUGCUCUGCAAACCAUAGCGUUACCUGAAAGUGGUAUGGAAGUAGCUAUACGCCGUGAACUAGGCUUAGAAUCAACAAAUCAUCAGCAUACAAAUGUACGCCAACCACCAUCCACUCAUCAAACUGAAAUGUUUUCCCCAACUUCAAAUAAUGUAAUGUUAUUGCCAUUUCAACGUGUUCAACCAGUUGCUAUUCCUAGUCGUAAUCUAGACGUAGUGCCUACUCACGGAAAUCGUGUUAUAUCAAGCACUAUGGCAGCUGGGGGAAGUCGAAAUAGUAACAUCGGAAGUGGUAUAAAUAUAAGUGGAGGUUGUACUAAUAGGAAACGUGCCAUCGAAAAUGCCUUUAGUAUAGAUUCCGACACGGUGUUUUUGGAUGAAAGCAUUCUAUCUUUACUUCUCAAACUACACUCUCAAUUAAGCGGUACUUUAGAUAGUUUCUCCUUAGAAGACUAUUUUUAUGAUAAAAAUGAAAAUGACGAAAGUAAUUUUAAUGAAGAAUCUGCUAGUACUUCUAUGGAUGUAGACUCUGAGGAAGCAGGGCCAUCUUCUUCAAUUAGAAAUGACGAAUCAAUACUGGAGAAUAAAUCUAGUCGACAAAAUAAUCGUAUUAAAGUUUCUGAAUCUCGUGUUGGAGAUGGCCCUUAUUUCAUUGGAAACUUGUUGCGAAAGAUUGCUAAACGUAAUGAAGCUUGUGCUCAAAAUAUUGAUUUAAUACGACAACGUUUGUGGCCAAAUCAAAGAGAAAAACAAGCUGAACAAAAAGCAAGAGAGGCUAAAGAAAAAGAAGAACGUGGAAAACGAGCUCGUGAACGACAGCAAGAACUUUUGGCAGAAUUUGCUAAUAAGCAAAAACAAUUUAUGAAAAUGGCUGCUGAAAAUAUGGAUAUUGGGGAAGAAAUUGAAGAUGAUGAAAUUGAGCAACCUCGCGAGAAAGAAUAUGAUUGUAUAAUAUGUAAUCGAACUAGUGCUAGUACCGAAACAAACCCUAUUGGUUUGGUGGUUUUAGUGGAAUCAUCUGGUGUCGUUGGUCAUCGACGGAAAUCUGAAGAACGCUUGAAAUUACCAUUGUCAUCUAGUGAAGCUGAUGAACUAAUGCUCAGUACACGUUUGGCCACAGAAUUUAAUCGCCGUACAGUUAUUUUAGGUAUGAAAUUUGGUGAAGAUUCCUGGUAUUUAUCUAACAAUUUAGCAUAUGAAACUGGAAUACAUGUUCAAUCAUGUGGUCAUCAUGUACAUUUGACAUGUCUUGAUGCAUAUUUAAAUUCAUUAUACCCAACACAAAGACAAAAUUUACACGUUGAACGUGGCGAAUUCUAUUGUCCAGUGUGUCGGCAACUAUCAAAUUCUGUGCUUCCUCUAAGUCCUCAAUUAGAUCGCCUAACACCAAUUAUACGAUCUGGACAACAUAGUUAUGAACAGCUAGUCAGUGAAUUAACAAACUUAAUUAAGGAAAAUGAAAAACCUCCCCCUACAACAAAAUUGUCUGAAGCGAUGGGUAGGGCUAUGGAAGAUAUGACUAAUAUAACACAUCGUAAGCAAAAACGUGUUCCCCCGACAUUUAGAAGUCUUUUUUUGUUUGUAACAUCUAUAGCAAGAACAAAUUUAGAAGCUGAAAUAAUACAAAGAGGUGGUUCUUUAUGUACUAAUAACACAAUUAGAUAUAAACCAAAACGGGAAUGCAUAGUUCCUCUAUUACAUGUAUUAUCUGUUCACAUAAGAGUUUUAGUUGUAUGGCCCUUAUGGCGAUCAUGGGCUUUACUAGCCGGUUUACCUAUAUUUGAUUCAGCACCAGUGCCUUCACAUUGUAAAGAAUUUAUACCUAGUCUUUUAGCUGAUCCAAUUGCAUUAUUAAUCAAAUUCAUAUUAUUAGCUCCACUUCAUUUGGAUCAAGUGUAUUUCACAUGCAUAGUUAAAGCAAUGUAUAAUUUACUUUAUUACCAAGUUGUUGUUCAGCUAUGCACAACUUUGACUGAUUUAGAAUGUGAUGAAAUCAUAGAAAAGUAUUCAAAUAAAUCAAAUUAUAUUAAAACAACUGGAGUUAAGAAUUUAGGAGCUGCAUUAGCUUUUGUCUUAUCAAAUACAGACCGUUUAAAACAGUUAAGACGUGAAAGUGUACAAUCAUCAACAGCAAAUUCAUCGAUACACUUAGGUACAAUGGAACAAAACUUACAAAAAUUAUGCUUACCAUUUUUAAGAAUAGCAGCAUUAUUACGACAUCAUUUAUAUAGGCAGGAAUUGCCAGAAAUAGCGACACCACAAUUAGAAUUUGUUCGCUUAGUAUAUUUCCUGGAAUUGGUAACAGAAAGUAUGGAUUGGGAUUGCUUUAAUGCUUCAAAGGCGUUAUGCUUCAUAUUGGGCACAGAACAAACUUUACCCAAAUUUUGGUGCGAACAACUUUUGUCAGAAACGCCACCGCCAACGGACACAAUUAGGGAGCUAGUAAUGAAUCAACAUUUGGAUUGGCAUCAGCCAAAACUUUUAAAAUUACCUAAAGAAUAUGAAAGAUUAUUUACGUACUAUCAUGAGAGUGCUUGCUUGAGUUGCCUACAAGUGCCAAAAGAAAGCUCAAUUUGUCUAUUAUGUGGAACCAUUGUUUGCUUAAAACAACAGUGUUGUGCAGUUGGUGAAUGUUGUGAAGCAGUUAGACAUGCAAUAAAUUGCGGAGGUGGAAUAGGAAUAUUUCUCGUUGUAACAUCAACUUACAUAAUAGUUAUCAGAGGAAGAAGAGCUUGCUUAUGGGGUUCUUUAUAUUUAGAUGAUUUUGAUGAAGAAGAUAGAGAUUUAAAACGUGGAAAACCACUUUACCUUAGUGAAGAUCGUUUCAAUUUACUAGAAUCACAAUGGUUGUCUCAUCGUUUUGCUCACACAAAACACACCUGGGUAUUUCAUCGUGACUUGCUAUAAGGCUAUGUAAAUAUACAAUAUUUAUAAAAUUUUUCUCGCUAAAUAAUUUUUUAUUAAACUUGUUUUUAUAUUCUUUUUUGUUUAAUUUUGAAAGACAUUUUGUUUUUUUAAUUUUUUAAAUAAUUGUUCAUAAAGAAAGUAUAGUUUUAUUAUUGAAUUUGUUAUAUUGUUGAACAAUAAUGUAUAACAUAUUAAAAAGCAUAUAUGUAUCAGGAAAAGCUGUACCGCGUUCUUUUUAAGAUUAGUGGAUCUUAAAAUAAUAUAUUCUGUGCAUAUAUGAAUUUUAUGAAGAAUAAAGGAUUUUUGCCAUUAAGUUCUUUUUUCGAAUCUAUUUCAAAUUCAAUAACAAAUCUAAAUUUAUCAUAAACUAAGUUAAGAUGAUUACAGAACAAAUAUAAUUGAAAAAUGCUUAACAAUAUCUCCUUUAGUAAAAAUGUUAGAAAUAGAAAUAAAAAUGAAUGAAAUGUGAGAAAAUAAGUAAAAAUUAAUUAUAAACGCACUAAUAUUUCAAAGUAAUUACAAUAAGUACAUAUGAUAAUUAUUACAAUAAAUAAUUAUCACUUAUUAUAAAAUAAAGUGUUAAAAAACAUAAAAUAUUUGUGUGAUAUUUUUUAAUUCAAA